CUAUAAUCCCGGCCAGCAGUUCACCGCCCUCUAGUUCUCAGUCAACCCGACCGGUUUUCUAUAUCGGACUCGGAUAUCUUCGCCGAUUGCCGUUCCGAUGCGGUCCACCGUUCGACUCUCCUUUCUUUUACUCGCCUCCUUCUCCCUCCUCUCUCUGGCGUUCGCCUCCGAGUCCGAUCACAAGUAUCAACCAGAUGAUCCUGUCACCCUUUGGGUGAAUAAAGUAGGGCCAUACAAUAAUCCACAAGAAACUUACAAUUAUUAUAGCCUUCCAUUUUGUCGCCCAUCGGGUAAUGCUGCUCACAAAUGGGGUGGUCUUGGUGAGGUAUUGGGUGGAAAUGAGCUCAUUGAUAGCUUGAUUGACAUAAAAUUCCGAAAACCGGUGGACAAAACCACUAUUUGUGAGCUCGAACUUGAUGAAGCAAAGGUCAAACAAUUCAAGGAUGCUAUUGAGAAUAGUUAUUGGUUUGAAUUUUUCAUUGAUGAUCUACCUUUAUGGGGUUUUGUGGGUGAGCUGCACUCUGACAAGAAUAAUGAUAAUAAGCAUGUGCUCUACACACAUAAGAGUAUAACUGUGAAUUACAACAAAGAUCAAAUCAUUCAUGUCAAUCUUACUCAAGGGGGUGCAAAACCAUUGGAAGUUGGAAAAACAGUGGACAUGACUUACUCGGUGAAAUGGAUUCCGACAAAAACUUCUUUCGCUCGUCGUUUUGAUGUUUACCUGGACUACCCAUUUUUUGAACAUCAGAUACACUGGUUCUCUAUUUUCAAUUCCUUCAUGAUGGUUAUAUUCCUUACCGGUCUGGUAUCAAUGAUAUUGAUGCGAACUCUGCGAAAUGAUUAUGCAAAGUAUGCUCGUGAGGAUGAUGAUUUGGAAACACUGGAAAGAGAUGUCAAUGAAGAGUCUGGUUGGAAACUUGUUCAUGGAGAUGUAUUUAGGACUCCCCGCGGUUUAGUUUUACUCUCUGCUCUUGUUGGCACUGGCGCACAGCUAGCCUUGCUGGUACUCAUUGUUGUCUUAUUUGCAAUUGUCGGAAUGUUGUACAUCGGGAGAGGUGCAAUUGUCACUACUUUCAUUAUAUGUUAUGCUUUUACAUCAUUCAUCUCGGGCUAUGUCAGUGGUGGAAUGUACUCACGCCAUGGUGGCAAAAAUUGGAUCAAAUCAAUGAUUUUCACAGCUUCAUUUUUUCCUUUUCUGUGCUUUGGAAUUGGUUUCGUGCUGAACACUAUUGCAAUAUUCUAUGGGUCUCUAGCAGCCAUUCCCUUUGGCACGAUGGUGAUUGUCUUCGUCAUCUGGGCCUUUAUUUCUUUCCCCCUGGCACUUCUUGGUACGGUUGUUGGAAGAAACUGGAGUGGUGCUCCAAACAAUCCAUGCCGAGUGAAGACCAUUCCACGACCAAUUCCUGAGAAGAAGUGGUACUUGACACCAUCUGUAGUUUCUGUGAUGGGAGGAUUGCUUCCCUUUGGCAGCAUAUUCAUUGAAAUGUACUUUGUUUUCACUUCCUUCUGGAAUUACAAGGUUUACUACGUAUAUGGCUUUAUGCUUCUGGUUUUCGUGAUUCUUAUUAUUGUUACGGUCUGCGUGACGAUAGUCGGAACCUAUUUCCUGCUAAAUGCCGAGAAUUAUCAUUGGCAGUGGACUUCUUUCUUCUCGGCAGCAUCAACAGCUAUCUAUGUGUACUUGUACUCUAUAUAUUACUAUUAUGUGAAGACAAAGAUGUCGGGAUUCUUCCAGAUGAGCUUUUACUUUGGUUAUACCCUAAUGUUUUGUCUUGGAUUAGGAAUUCUUUGCGGUGCUGUUGGUUACUUAGGUUCUAAUCUGUUUGUAAGGAGGAUAUAUAGAAACAUCAAAAUCGACUAGUUUAUGAGCCGGGAGAGAGAAAUCUUUGUUCUCAUCGUCAGGGUGAUAUCGAGAGAAGCCUGCAGUACCUCCUUCAGAUAUCUGGUAAUGUCCAUGUUUAAUAUGCAAGAUUUGAGGAUGAUCUGUAAUUCGGGAUCGUGGGAGGCCCUAAAAAAUUUCCCCGUUCUUCGGGUUGUAAAACCAAGUAUAAUUACAUAAAUUUAGAGUGAUUGUUUUCAUGACUGAAAAGAGGACGGAUGAUACUAGUUUUUUAUUUAGUUAUUUCUCUAAUCUUUCCGGACAAUGGAUUCUCUUUACCGGUACUGCAUGUUUGCAUAUCUUUUGCGAAUAGGUGUUCUUGGGAGAGCGACUAUUACUGGAAUGGGGAAAUGAGUUUUGUCUUA